AUGGGAUGCAGUUUGUGCACUCUGCAGAAGCAGGAGGAACAGUACAAGUUACUGUACGAAGUUUGUCAGGUCAAUGGGAAGGAUUUAUCUAAAGCAACACAUGAGCAGGCAGUGGAAGCAUUCAAAACGGCCAAGGAGCCCAUUGUGGUGCAGGUCCUGAGAAGAACUCCACGCACCAAGGUCUUCGCUCCACCUCACGAGUCUCAGCUGGUAGAUGUGGGCACGCAGACAGAUAUCACUUUUGAACACAUCAUGGCUCUAAGCAAGAUGGGCUCACCUACUCCACCCGUCUCUGUGCUAGACCCGUAUCUCCUACCUGAAGACUGCUACAUUCUCCAUCCAUCAGUGCAUGAAUACUAUGACCCAAAUGACUACAUGGGAGGAAUUCAUCAAGAAAUGGACCGAGACGAGUUGGAACUGGAGGAAGUAGAUUUACAUAGAGUGAACAGUCAGGACAAGCUUGGCCUUACUGUGUGUUACAGAACGGAUGAUGAAGACGACAUGGGUAUUUAUGUGAGUGAGAUUGAUCCCAACAGUAUUGCUGCAAAAGACGGUCGACUCCGAGAGGGGGAUCGCAUUAUUCAGAUCAAUGGCAUAGAGGUGCAGAACCGAGAAGAAGCUGUGGCACUUCUCAGCAGUGAAGAGAGCAAGAAUAUCUCCUUACUGGUUGCAAGACCAGAAAUUCAGCUGGAUGAAGGAUGGAUGGAUGAUGACAGAAAUGAUUUUCUGGAUGACUUGCACAUGGACAUGUUAGAGGAACAGCACCACCAGGCAAUGCAAUUUACUGCCAGCAUGCUUCAGCAGAAGAAGCAUGAGGAGGAUGGAGGUACCACAGAUACAGCCACUAUUUUAUCUAACCAGCACGAGAAGGACAGUGGCGUGGGGCGCACAGACGACAGCACUCGCAACGACGAGAGCUCCGAGCAGGAGAACAACGUGGAUGAUCACACCACCUCCUCCAACACUUUAGGAAGCCAGAAGAAGCUGACGUACAGUCAUGACACCUUAGGCAGUGGCGAUAUGCAGUUCAGCAAUGAGUCGUUUAUCUCGGCCGACUGCACAGACGUCGACUUCCUUGGCAUCCCCGUAGAUGAAUGCGAGCGAUUCCGGGAACUGCUGGAACUGAAGUGCCAGGUGAAGUCUGCCAACCCCUACAGUCUGUACUAUCACAACAGCACGCUGGAUAUGAGCAAAAGUGACCAAGAAAGUGUUGACAGAGAGCUGGAGAUGCUGAAUGAGGAGCUGCGCAGUAUCGAGUUGGAGUGCCUGAAUAUUGUGAGAGCCCAUAAAAUGCAGCAGCUGAAAGAUCAGUACCGGGAGCCCUGGAUGCUACACAACAGCGGGUUCCGCAACUAUAACACAAGCAUCGAUGUUCGCAGGCACGAGCUCUCAGACAUCACGGAGCUCCCCGAGAAGUCUGACAAGGAUAGCUCGAGUGCGUAUAACACAGGGGAAAGCUGUCGAAGCACACCACUCACGCUGGAGAUUUCCCCUGACAAUUCGCUACGCAGAACUGCGGAAGGCAUUAACUGUCAAGGUAAUGAGGGGGCAGUGGCAUACAAUGUCUCCCAAAAGAAUUUAUUUGCUAGCUCAGAAAGUCAUGAAUCCAGCCCUGGUAAAUGCCAUGCCUCUGCUAAAGAUCCCGACCUUGGCAAGCAGCUGGAAAGCAAGGAGAGAAAAGCCAGUGAUGGAAGCAAAAGCCCUACUCAUGGCCAAAAACCUUCCGGUUCCUACGUCUCCCCGUACCAUCACUCUCCAUAUAAGCAUGCUCACAUUCCUGCCCACGCACAGCACUACCAGAGCUACAUGCAGCUGAUCCAACAGAAAUCGGCGGUGGAGUAUGCACAGAGCCAAAUGAGUCUGGUGAGUAUGUGCAAAGACUUCAAUUCAAGCCCGAGCGAACCCAGGAUGGAGUGGAAAGUGAAGGUCAGAAGCGAUGGGACCCGCUACAUUACAAAGAGGCCGGUGAGGGACAGGCUGCUGAGAGAACGUGCCAUAAAGAUUAAGGAGGAGCGCAGUGGUAUGACUACCGAUGAUGAUGCCAUAAGCGAAAUGAAGAUGGGUCGUUACUGGAGCAAGGAGGAGCGGAAGCAGCAUUUAGUGAAAGCGAAGGAGCAGAGGAGGAGGCGCGAGUUUAUGAUGCAGAGCAGGUUAGAUUGCUUAAAGGAACAGCAAGGUGCGGAAGACAAGAAAGAGAUGAAUAUCAUUGAACUGAGCCACAAAAAAAUGAUGAAGAAGAGAAAUAAAAAAAUAUUUGACAAUUGGAUGACAAUCCAAGAACUGCUAACCCACGGAACAAAGUCACCAGACGGCACACGGGUGUACAAUUCCUUCCUGUCAGUGACUACUGUAUAAUCGCCAUUGCUAAAUUAUGUACAUAAAACACUACCAUUGGGGUAGAAAUCAAUGCCUCGUUCAAUGUGGCAAGAUUUUUGUAUAUAAGAUACAGUCACCAAGUUUAUAGUUCAAAUACUGAACUCUACAAGUGUGGGUGCCAGGCUCUCCAUUGCGAAGCGGAGAGGACGCUUGCCCAUCUCCUUUCAAAGGCAAUAUUAGCUGUGCUUUUUGGAAUACUGAUUGUACUUUUUUACUUGUUACCUUUUACAUGAAGUGUUUAAAUAUCAGAAAUGUAUUAACCAUACACAGGUAAUUUGCUUAAACUAUACUCAUAUUAAAAGGUACCCGUGCUUUUCUUUACCUAAAAAAAAAAAAAAAGCAACAAACCCACAAAAGCAACUGCACAUACAUAUUUUUUGUGAAACCAUAUUUUGUGAUAUUAUUUUGCUGUUGUUCACUUCUACACAGAGUGCUGUUUAUCAAUAUUUAGCUCAAGGUUUAAACUCUGAAUUAGAGUCAUUCUCUUGUAAUAUUUAACAUUUAUCAAACAGCAGUUUUUAGAGUUAUGCUCAACAUUUAAACAUUUUUCUUUUUAAGGUUUCUGAAGAAAGUAUAUAGGUUUCAUCUGAAAAACCUGAAGCAAAGUACACUAUACUGCAGCUUUAAAGGAUUUUAAAGCAUGUUUGCAAAUGUUGCAACCUAUUGAAGAAACGUGCAUGUACAGCUAAUUUGUUUAUAUAAGACAGUUUGUGGAAUUUGAAAGGCCCAUGGUAGUAACUGUUUGCUUUAGAGAUUUGAAUGUAUUGAAUUAUAAAAGCAGUUUCAUGAAAUCAUCAUUAGCUACAAAAGUUAACAAGUAAAAUGAAGUAAAAUAAAUUAUUGUUUUAUAUUUCAAA